AUGUUUUACUACCCCGCGGUGCUAACGCAUCAGACCGGAUGUUUCUCUACAAUCUGGCUGGUGGCCACCAAAGGGAUCCGAGUUACUCGCCGAGAUUUCCUAAAAGUGAACGUCAAAAGCACAUGCGAUGACAUCAUGAAUUACGUGCUGCAGCUAGUCCCGCCUCCUCGACCUGGUCUGCCCCGACCUCGCUUCUCCCUCUACCUGUCCUCCCAGCUGCAGUACGGCGUCAUCAAGGUCUACCAUCGCCAGUGUGCUAUUCUCCUCGAGGAAGUUCACACCAUCGUGGGUAAGCUGGUGAAACACAAGAAGUCCAAGGAAAUUGAUCAAGAGGAGCAGAACAGACAAGCUCUGCUGCUCCCGGAUGGUCUGUCUCUCAUGGAGGAGGCAGAGGGAGCUCUGGAUCCUUUAUUCGGAGUCAUGAUCAUGCAGGAGGCCAUGCCGAGUCCCGGUGCACUGAUGCAGAUUGGAGAGGAUGCUGCACAGGACAUUGGCAUGACUUCAUCUCCAGACUCCAUCACCCUCAGAGAGCCGGCGCCUCGCUUCAUCCCCAUUCCAGAGUUUGAGGGGGUGGAGCUUGCUGAUCAGGAUCUAGAUACUGUUGACUUACUCAUGGCCGAAGCAGAUCACUUUCCAGAAGGUGUAUUACAGCCCACCGUUCUCUCCGGUGAGGAACCGACGUUGUUGCCUAAGGAAGAGCCUGCCGUGUCAGAGGAGAGGCCGGGACCCCCCCGAGGCCACAUCACCCCCGUGUCUGGGCCCGUCCUCCCGCCGCCGCCGCCGUCGUCCAGAGUGAAAGGUGCGAGGUCCCGCUGGAGGUUCCAGGAAGUGCCCCCUCCAGAGGUGAAGAGGAGGCGGAGGAAGAGGCAGCUGGUCUUCUUCGACCCAGAGACGCAGAUCCCCCAGGGGGCGCUGCAGCAGCAGAUCGACAACCCUCUGAUUGAGACCAGACGUGCACCUCGCCCAACGCCCUCGUCCCUCGAGACUCGCUCUGCUGCUGAUCUCCUCAACAACCCCUGCACCUUCUUGCCUGAAGAGGUGCUGUCUCUAUGGCAACAGGCGGCGUAUAUCACGCCAAUCUCCGGCUCGGACCUGCAGGUCGGGGAGAGAGGGCCCGAUUCCACGGACUCUGAGAAAGAGAGAGAUCGAGAGAUGGUGGAGGUGUCAGAGAGAGAGGAGGAGAGACUGGAGCUCAGCCGCAGAGAGGUCCAGAGAGAUUUGGAAGAACAAGAGAAUGAUAUUUCAGGCCUGGGUACGCUAAGCCUGGAGGGCUCCGACCAAAGGGAGAGAUCUCGAGAGAUCUCGCCCAUGCAAACAUCGGAGAAAGAAGGGUCCAUUGUCUCCAGGUCUGUUUCAGUACUGCAGGACAUCCCAGAGGUGGUGGACGAGUUUCUGGAGAGAUCAGCGGCAGAGUCUCCAGGGUUGUUGCCGGAUGAGGAUGAAUCUGCACCUGUGCUUUUUCAGUCUCUCCUGCCGCCAGAGGCUGACCGCCGGACUGUCAGCAUCAUUUUUCAGAAGCUCCUGGGGAUUGCCUCGGCCAGGAAAGUGCGUGUGAAGCAGCGGAAACCUUACGACGACAUUUGGAUAACACCUGGAUCCAACUACAGAGAUGUGCUGCAGACUUUGUAA